AUGCUCUUCGGUACCAUCGACACCCACGCCGGCCUCGCUGCCCCCGACCAUUCUCUUUCCCCUGCUACCCUUGGCCAAGGUAAAGACACUGAUGGUACCGACGAUGCUGCCUCACACCUUGCAGGUAGUAUCAGCUCUGCCAUCUCUGUUGUCGACUCCGACAGCCUUGGGCAGACCCGCUCAUCCUCCUUUGGCCCCGUGCCGCGUGCGCGAUACGAUGCCCUCGUCAACGCCCUCCACGCGCCUUACCCGCGCGGCGAUUCACGAGUGCAAGGUAUUGCUGUUGAUCGACAGCAGCUCUCCAGUGCCGCCGUCGUAAAGGGUCAAGGUCUGUCUGUGGCUGCUUUGUGCGCUGUUCUUGCUGGAUCUUCUCCUUCCAGUCUUGGCGCCACCCGUUUAAGCGCUCUCCACAGGCACGCAUUCGAAGGCGACAAUCUCGUCGACUACGACGCCGAUCGGUUUCUUAAGCGAUCCCGUCUCUUGUCUACUCCUAUCAGUCUCGACGACAACGCGUUCUACCCUCCCGCUCUCUCUUUCUCUCGCUCUCCCUCCCCCGAGCUCGAGGAAGUUCAAACUCCGCCCAUGGAGGUUAUCGCCCUGCCCGACGUUCAGCCUGAGCGAGGCAUCAAGCGUCGUGCUGAUGACUUUGACAAUGACGUCGAUAUCGCUAUGGAGCCCGAGACCAAGCAGAAGGUCCAGCGGGUGAAGGAGCGUACCGCCGUGCCUCCCAGCCGUGCUCUCAAGCGCGCUACGACGACUCUGUCGCUCGCUGCCCACUCUACUUCUAUCGACCGACCCGCCAUCGCUGCCUCGACUCGUACCCUCGCCCCAGCGCCCUUUGUGGGCUCCUCUGCUCCCAAGGCUUGUCCUACUCUCCCCGAGUCGCGCAAACUUCAGCGCACGACUACAACUCUCCGGCAAGCCGCCCUCCGCCCCCUCCCCCUCCAGACGAUCGACAUGAACAGGCCUCCUCAGCCUUCUCGUCGAGCUCUUCAGCGCACCACCUCUGCUUUGUCGCUCGCGACCCCCACUCCGCACCAGGCGUUUUUGGCGCCACCUCGACAUGUCCCAAGGCCUCGUCAGCUUAAAAGCUGCCUCGCUCCUUCCGCCAAGCCCCACCCUGCUCUCCACUUCGGCAAGUCUCGCCGAAAGCUCUCGGACGAGGAAAAGAAAGCUCGCCAAGCCCGUAGGGAUCUCAAGGCCAGUUUGCUCUGCGAGCGGAACCCCGAGACUGGGCUCAAACAGUUUUUGCCUCGCCGAGUGCCUGGUGCCGAGCCCGAGCCUGUGCUGGAGAGCUUCAAAGACGUGGAGCCUUGGAGCGAGGGGCAGAGUGAGUUUGCGGCCCGGACGGCUGAGACUGCCGAGUUGGCGGCUAUGGUGAUGGAGACGAUGUCUCUUGACGAUGUCUCUUGA